UAGACUCUGACUAGUUAUAAACUGCAGCCUCCAGCCCUGCUCCCUUCACAGCAGAGCCAAGAUGUCCAAGCCCCUGACUGACCAGGAGAAGAGGAAGCAGAUCAGCAUCAGAGGGAUUGUAGGGGUGGAAAAUGUCUCUGAGCUGAAGAAAGGCUUCAACAGGCACCUGCACUUCACCCUGGUCAAAGACAGAAAUGUCUCCACCACCAGGGAUUACUACUUUGCUCUGGCCCACACUGUGAGGGACCACCUGGUGGGGAGGUGGAUCAGAACCCAGCAGUACUACUAUGAGAAGGACCCCAAGAGGACGUACUACCUGUCUCUGGAAUUCUACAUGGGCCGUACCCUACAGAACACCAUGAUCAACCUGGGGCUGCAAAAUGCUUGUGAUGAGGCUAUCUAUCAGCUUGGACUGGACAUUGAGGAACUGGAGGAGAUGGAGGAGGACGCCGGCCUUGGCAAUGGUGGUCUUGGACGUCUUGCAGCCUGUUUCCUGGACUCCAUGGCCACUCUGGGUCUUGCUGCCUAUGGAUAUGGCAUCCGCUAUGAAUAUGGAAUUUUCAACCAGAAGAUCAAAGAAGGAUGGCAGGUUGAGGAAGCCGAUGACUGGCUGAGACAUGGAAACCCCUGGGAGAAGGCCCGUCCAGAGUACAUGCUCCCUGUUCACUUCUAUGGGCGAGUGGAGAACACCAAAACGGGCGUCCGGUGGGUGGACACUCAGGUGGUCCUGGCAAUGCCGUACGACACUCCAGUGCCCGGGUAUCAGAAUAACACCGUCAAUACCAUGAGGCUGUGGUCUGCACGGGCGCCCAAUGACUUCAACCUCAGAGACUUUAAUGUCGGUGACUACAUCCAGGCAGUGCUGGACCGGAACCUGGCUGAGAACAUCUCCCGUGUCCUGUAUCCUAACGAUAAUUUCUUUGAGGGGAAGGAGCUGCGCCUCAAGCAGGAAUACUUUGUGGUGGCCGCCUCCUUACAAGACAUCAUCCGCCGUUUCAAGGCCUCUAGAUUCGGCUGCAGGGAUUCAGUGCGGAUCGGCUUUGACACCUUUCCAGAUAAGGUUGCCAUUCAGCUUAAUGACACUCACCCCGCGCUGGGGAUCCCAGAACUGAUGAGAAUAUUCCUGGAUAUAGAGAAACUUCCCUGGGAUAAGGCAUGGGAAAUCACCAAGAAAACCUUUGCCUACACCAACCACACGGUAUUACCGGAAGCCCUGGAGCGCUGGCCGGUGGACCUGGUGGAGAAGCUGCUGCCGAGACACCUGCAGAUCAUCUACGAGAUAAACCAGAGGCAUUUGGAUAGUAUUGCAGCCCUCUACCCGGGAGAUCUAGACCGGCUGAGAAGAAUGUCUCUGAUUGAAGAAGAUGGAAUCAAGAGGAUUAACAUGGCUCACCUGUGUAUUGUGGGAUCACAUGCAGUGAAUGGGGUGGCCAGAAUCCACUCGGAUAUUGUGAAAAAUGAAGUGUUUAAAGACUUCAGUGACGUCGAACCGACAAAGUUCCAGAACAAGACCAACGGGAUCACUCCCAGACGCUGGCUCCUCCUGUGCAAUCCGGGGCUUGCCGAACUCAUAGCGGAGAAAAUUGGAGAAGAUUAUGUGAAGGACCUGAGCCAGCUAUCAAAGCUGAAUAAGUAUGUGAACGAUAACAUAUUCAUCCGGGAUGUCUCCAAGGUGAAGGAGGAGAACAAGAUUAAGUUUUCCCAAUAUCUGGAAAAUGAAUAUAAGAUGAAACUCAACCCGUCCUCCAUGUUUGAUGUGCACGUGAAGAGAAUCCACGAGUAUAAGAGGCAAUUGCUGAACUGUCUCCAUAUCGUCACAAUGUACAACCGCAUAAAGGCAAAUCCCACAAAGGAAUUUGUCGCGAGGACGGUCAUCAUCGGAGGAAAGGCUGCUCCGGGAUAUUACAUGGCGAAGAUGAUCAUAAAGCUCAUCACUUCAGUGGGGGAGAUUGUGAACAAUGACCCAGUCAUAGGGAACAAGCUGAAGGUUAUUUACUUGGAGAACUACAGAGUAUCCCUUGCAGAGAAAGUCAUCCCAGCAACAGACUUGUCGGAACAGAUCUCCACAGCAGGCACUGAGGCUUCUGGCACCGGCAACAUGAAAUUUAUGCUGAACGGAGCCCUCACCAUUGGGACCAUGGAUGGUGCCAACGUGGAGAUGGCAGAAGAGGCCGGAGAGGAGAACAUGUUCAUAUUUGGCAUGCGAGUAGAGGAUGUGGCUGAGCUGGACAAGAAGGGGUACAAUGCCCAGGAAUACUAUCACAGACUUCCAGAGCUAAAGCAGGUCAUCGACCAGAUACAAAGUGGCUUCUUCUCUCCAUCAAAGCCAGAUCUUUUCAAAGACGUGGUGGACAUGCUCUUCUACAAUGACCGGUUUAAAGUGUUUGCCGAUUAUGAAUCGUAUGUGAAGUGCCAGGAUAGGGUCAGCGCUCUGUACAAGAAUCCAAAAGAGUGGACCAAAGUGGUCAUCAAGAACAUAGCCGCAUCUGGCAAAUUCUCCAGUGACAGGACAAUCAAGGAAUAUGCCAAGGAUAUCUGGGGAGUUGAGCCAUCUGAUCUGAAGAUUCCUCCACCCAAUGAACCAAGGGAUGCGAUCGAGGACGCCAAGCCGGCAAAUGCCAAAGCUUAAUGGGGGUUAGGAACAUAGAGGACUGAAGCUAGCACUAAUAUUCAGAUCUUUCUAGUCCUCCAUCAUACCCAGUAUCAGGAAGUCACACACCUGAUACCAUGGAAUGGACAAGGACUUUCCUUUAGGCUUUGUGCACUUGCUUGUUGUAGGGUAUUGUUGUUGCACUUAAUAGGGGCUAGUGCAGAGCGGGGUUUGUCUUGUACCAAGGUUGGGUCCUUCUAGGAUCUUCUGGGACCAGUCCUGGACUGCAAUCUCUUCUAGUUAAUAAUCUGACCAAAUGUACGGUUCUGUCACACUAUUAAAGGAAUUUAUAUGA